AAAUGCACGUUUGCCUUCAUCUUAAUCCCUCACAUCCAUUACUCUCAACAAUGCUAUACAAAAGUACCCGUGGCAGUGUAGAAGAUCGCAAGUUUGAAGAAACGUUAUUUUCGGGGUUUACAGAAGACGGAGGGCUUUUUAUACCAUCCAAGAUUCCAAUUAUAUCAAAGCAGCAACUGGUUAGCUGGAAAGGACAAUCUUAUCGUAAAAUUGUAAAUAAUUUGGUCGAACUCUACAUAGAAGACAGCGAAAUACCCCGAAAUGACCUUGAAUGUAUUGUUGAAAAUUCAUUUAAGAACUUCAGUGCACCUGAUGUGGUCCCAAUCAAAGAGCUGUAUCCUGGUGUGUAUGUAGCAGAACUCUUCCAUGGUCCUACCCUGGCGUUCAAAGAUUUGGCACUUUCUAUUGUGGGCAAUCUUCUUAGUUAUUUCUUAACUCAACGAAGAAGACAUGUCAUUAUCCUUAUCUCGGACGGAACGUCUGACGAUUUUGACCAGCUAAUUCAACACAUUUUUGUUGACUGGGACUUUGCCAAAGAACAUAACUUAUGCAGCAUCAACUCCAUCAACUGGGCCCGCAUUCUUGUACAGGUUGCUCAUUAUGUCUAUAUUUACCUGAAACUGUGUGUGCAUGUUGAAGAGAUGGUGGAAUUUAUUGUUCCUACUGGUGGCUGCGGUCAUAUUACAGCUGGGAUGUUGGCACAGAAAAUGGGACUACCAAUUAGGAUCACUGCAACAGUGAAUACCAAUGACUUUGUGCAUCAAGCAGUAACAGCGGGAAACCUGUCAAUACAACAAACUGUCCAUAAAACUCUAGCUUCAUCUAUGGAUAUUCAAGUGCCUUUAAAUUUUGAAAGAAUCUUGUACAUGGUCUCAGAUGGAGACUGCUCAAAAGUUAAAGCAUGGAUGGAAGAGUUAGGAAAGAAUCUUUUUAUUCAACUCCCUAAGAAGGUCACUGAGAAGCUUCAGAAAGUUCUGAAAAGUUUUCGUGCAGAUAAUGCAACUAUUGUAAGUGCUAUAAAGAGAUGUUGGACUGAAAACAAUUACUACGUUUGCCCUCAUACAGCAACUUCACUGGCAUAUAUCUAUCAUAACUUCAAGGAGAUUUCAUCAAAAAGGUAAAAAAAUAAAAUAUUUUGAGAAACAUUUUGAGUGGGAAGAGUGGAUCAUAGCUCACGUGAUUGAGGAAUUUUUCAGAGGAGGAAAAGUGGCUAAGAAGCUGUAAAAGAUCUAGUUUUUCUAAUUGAGAAGUAAUUCUUUAAAAGUUCACAAGUAUUAAAAUGUCAGAACUAAAACUUUAAUGGAUCAGAAUUAAAACCUUAAAGGAUCAGAACUAGAACUUUAAUGGAUCAGAA